CUAAAACAUUACAUGAAUUUUAAAAUUUUUAGCAAAUUAGAGAUUUUCAACAUUUUUGGAUUUGCGUGCUAUUAUUAUUCAUCAUUGUACGAUGAGAUAUUUUUCAUUAAAGUAAAUUAAGUAUAUCAAAGUAACUGACAACUGCAUUGCAAUGCUGAUAUAGAUCGAUUUUUUACCUCGACAUUGACGUCAUUGCGAUUACGACAGAUUGUACUAUGAUGCUUAAACGUUAAGUAUAUAGCGUAAUCGCAAGUUGAUACGCAGAGAUGGAUGAUAUACAAAUCGAGAUCGAGUACUGAAGAGACAAGAAUAAUCUUCAACGUGACAUCAAAAUGAGUGUCACGUCCGAAUAGUAUUAAUUCGGUCUGAGAGACCUUCAGGCGCAUGAGACGCUCGAGCGGGAGAGAUGCUCAUUUUCGCGAUGAGGGCUAAUUAUAAAGCGCACUUGUACUCGCACUCUCAAAGCCCGUCUCCAUGGAACACGUAUUUUUGAUGUCGCGCGGCACGGAAGAAAAAGGAAAGAAAGUCUCGUGGCGUCGUUUGUUGCGCUCCCGCAAUUCCCGCAAUAAUGUGAAAAUCACUGUUUGCGAAAGGCUAACCCGUGCAUAUUUUUAUCUCGGCGAGAGCUCUUCAUCUUCUUUUUCUCUUCAGUUCCUUUCUCGUGUUUUGUCUUCAUUGUUCUAUCGUUCUUAUAGUACCAUGAUAUUAAACAUUGAAUUUAUCUCUGCCGACUUUUAUAUAUAUAUAUAAUUUUUUUUUUUUAUUAUAAAACUAUCCGUAUUUAUAUAGAAAUAUCUUAGUAAAUAAAUGUCGGAUUCGAAGAACUGUUGCUAACCGGAUUUAUAAUUACAGACAUGAAGGAGGUGAUAUAAACAUCGUGGAGAAAGUACAAGUUAAAUGUGCGAGCAAAAUUAUACGAGAUAUAUAAAUGACUGCAUGUUAUAAAUCUCCAGAGGUGACCAUUGUUUUAAGCAAGGAAGAGAUUCGUAAGAGAUACCAAGAUUCCGCGAUGAUUAUAUUCAAGGAGGAACAAGACAGAAAGAAGGAAAGCGUCAGCUACCUUAGUUUUGGAAACAGUCGCAGGACAAUGGAAUAUAGUAACAACGGAAAUUACCCCGUUAUCGUACGCAAACCUACAGAUCCUGUAAUUACACGGAAUGCUCAUUUAUCCUCACAGAUGUCAUUAGAAUAUCGCAAACCAAAUGACAGAUGUGCGAUAACUUAAUAACUAAAAAAAAUAUUAUAAUUAUUUAUUAAAUAAAUUUAGUUAUUCCUAUUAA